CGAAGUUUUCGGCAUCGAUGUCCAGAAAAACUGGGAAAACUCUCCGAGGCGAAGUCGAAAAGCGGCGUUUUCAGAGUCCACAGUGCGCUCGCGGGGAUUCGCCUCCGCGAGAGAGCAGAAAAGCGUCUGCUCACCGACUUCGAGAGCCUGCACUCGUGGUUUCGUUAACUAGAAACGAGGCAAUGCGUUUUGACGACCUCGCGGAGAAGAAAACGCUCGCUUCUCUUGUGAAAGAGGGCGCUUCUUCCACUGUGCAGCCUGUCUGGAACGCACGCGUGUGCCUGUGACUCUUCCAGGUCCGAGUCUCUGUCGUCCGGCGCUUUGGAAGAUUCUCCGUCCCUCCUCCGGGGGAAAUUUCCUAAGCGCUGUGGCUCUGGAAGAUCGGGAAGACUGACGGCAUGCGGACUGAGACGGGAGAGAAACUCGGCAAAAAUCGACCUUUUUUUUCUCCAGGCCUUUCGACGAAUCAUGGUGUUGGUGGAACUCUGGCGACGGCUGCCUGCGUCCAUGCAGCGAGGACUCGUGCAGCUCGACCGGGCGUUCGACAAAGUCAAACAAAGCGUUUACAACUUUGACAGAAGAACAGGCAUCAUCACGGUUGCCAUUCCGUUCUCCCUCGUCAUGCUGACGACUGUCGGAACCGGAACCAUUGUGAUCGACCGACAGUUUGAGCUCCGCUCUCUCCGCAGACAAUCGGUCUCCCAGCGUGAACACGAGCAGGAAGAACAACGCAAACAGUUCCUAAAGUUCCUCUCUCAAACAUCCCCUACAGAUCAACUCGACAACUCGGUGCCAGUCCCCAGAGACUCUCAGAUCUGAAUCGGUCUCUCCACACCAAGCACACCAGCCCUCUCACAUUCACACAGUCGCGUAAAGAUCCAUGCUCUGAUAGUAUACGUAUGUACAUAUGUGACUGUAUUUUGAAUGUCCACGGGCGCUGGAGUUUGCAUGUAGGUUUGUGUCUUUGAAUGUAUCAGAGAAACGGCGUGUGGUUGUACCGGUCGGCCCUAUGGCGCUAUGAAAAAGGACGCAUAUGCGUCUGGCUGACAUGCGCGUACCUGGACGGGUGCGCAGACGCGUUCAUUUCAUAGGCGACGCAGAGAGUCAACUUUUGUCAGACACAACGGCACCUGCCUCGGCAAGUCCAGGUGGUUUCGAGGUCUGUUUAUAUACCUAAAUAUAUAUAUAUAUAUAUAUUUAUAUAUAUAUAUAUAUAUAUAUCGAUAUGUGUCUGCAUGUCUGCCUGUGAAAAUUUGCAGGUGUGUGGCUACCGCUUGGAAGGGUUGUGGUGCCUCAGUUUCAAAGGAGCUGUGAAGCGCAUUUUGUGACAUGCUUUUCGAAACGUCCCUUGUCUUUCGUCUGUGAUUUUAUGUGACGGUUUUGGACUGGUUUCCGGUCUGGCGACGCUUUAGGAACUGCGGGAAGUCCGUGAACGGUGCAGGUGGUUACCUGCACUUCCGUGUGCAGAAAUAUUGAAGGAAAAAACUGCGUCAGAUAUUAUCUCGCUGCGCAGAGAGCGAGUUUCGCUUGCCUAACAGCCCUGUGCGCGCAGCCGCCCACACCGCAGGCUGCCUCCGAGGGAUGGGAUCUUUGAAAAGGCUGUGCAACAGCGAGGAAGAGACAUAA